GUCAGGUUUCUUGCUGUAUUGUGGAGCUUACGUUUGCAGAUUGCUAAAAUCUAUAUAAAAAAAAGAAAUCAAUAUGUCUAGUGAUGAUGGAAAACUCUUUGUUGGUGGUCUGAGCUUCGAGACCGAUGAACAGAACUUAGAGCAAGUCUUUAGCAAAUAUGGCCAGGUUUCAGAAGUGGUUGUGGUGAAAGAUCGUGAAACAAAGAGGUCAUGGGGCUUUGGCUUUGUCACCUAUGAGAAUCCUGAUGAUGCAAAGGAUGCAAUGAUGGCAAUGAAUGGAAAGUCUGUUGAUGGACGUCAGAUUCGUGUUGACCAGGCAGGUAAAUCCUCAGGAGACCGAAGAGGAGGCUACAGAGGUGGAUCAUCUGGUGGCAGAGGAUUUUUCCGUGGUGGAAGAGGACAUGGUGGUGGAGACAGGGGAUAUGGUGGCAGUAGCCGCUUUGACAACAGAAGUGGUGGAGGAUAUGGUGGUAGUGGUGGAUCCAGGGAUUACUAUGGCAGUGGCAGGAGUCAAGGUAGCUAUGGUGAUCGCUCAGGAGGCUCUUACAGGGACAGCUAUGACAGUUAUGCUACACACAACGAGUAAAAAUUCCUUCCUGACUCAAGAUCGUCCUUCCAAUGGCUGUAUUUAUAAAGAUUUUUGGAGCUUCGCAGAAUCGUUAAUAUGUAGUUGCAUCUACUUGUGUUCACUUUUAUUAACCGUUCAUUUUGGUUAACCUGACAGCUUGUGUUAAAUGUGGAACAGCUGUGUCCAAAACUGUUCAAUGGACACUUAUUAAUUUUGUUGCUUUACUUUAUUUUUUAAACAAAGUUGAUUUUCAUAUGGAUGGGAUAUUUUUAGCCUUCUGUUCCACUGGAGCUGAUCGGGCUUUGAGCUCUCCUAUUAUGUGGAGUGCAAUGGAGGGGGAGGUGGGGUUCUGUUUGCAGAGUCAUGCUCAUUGAGGUGUAACAAAGCCUUCAUAUGAGCAAGUCAUGUCUGCUGGAUAUGGAAACUGCAGUUUUUUCCCUUUUCUUAUUUUGACUACUUGCUGCUGUAUAGUACAGGGGUCAAGAGUGCCCCUAUUUUCUUGAGAUUUUUUUUUUUACAUUCCUUUAGUGUAACAAGGCAGGACAGAGCCUGGGUGCGAUGUAAAUAGUGGCUGAACCUCCUUGAUAUAACUAAAGCAAGCCUCCUAUCCAAUCUCUCCAGUAACAUUGUCAAAAGAAGUUCUCAAAAAAUGUUUGUUUAUAUUGUCCUUUUUUUUUAUUUUUUACUGGAAGAAAUGUGAAUAUUGUAUUAAAAUGGUUACAGAACUCUU